GUCAGAAUGCGUGGCGCAAGAACAUCGAUACGCUGUGCGCAGAGAACACAGCUGAAGCAUGGAGCUUCAUUCGCUGUGAAUGAACUCGGCGGCACUUUCUAUCCGCGAUUGCUGCUGCCUCACCUGUUGAGUUCAGCCCGCUGAGGCUGUGCUCCAGCUACUCAGCUGUCGCUAACGAGCUCAAACUAGUACUUAGUCCAUCAUGCCACCUCAUCCUCCUCUUUGCUCAGACGACAUCCUCGGAUCUGUAACAUUUGAUUGAGCUUUUCUGACGUUGACGCAGAGCACUGAAGUGUCACAGCAUCUUACUUACCAUGACGAGAAAUACCUACGACGGGCCGCAAGGCAAUAGUCCCUACGGCGGAUACCCUCCACAGCCAGCUUAUGGACAGCAGCAACAAGAAUAUGGCGGCUAUCCCCCUGGAGAAGGCCAAGGAUAUAAUCAACAGUAUCAGCAAUACCCAGGCCCAGGUAGUAAUCAAGGAUACGGUGACAACCAAGGCUCCGCGCAAUCGUAUUAUGGCAGAAAUGAUCAGCCAUACCAGCAAUAUUCGCACGACAGACCACAAGAGCAGCCACCACAUCAGAACUACCAGUCUGGUCCGGCGUCAGGCUACACUCCUGCGCCCGGACAGUAUAACCACCAGUACGGAGGUCCACCGCCACCACAGGACUAUCCUCCUCCGUACGGACAACAGCAGCAAUACCCUCCGCAUCACAUGCAGCAGCCUAGCGGCCAGGUCGACAAUUUCCGAUCCCAAUUUGACCAGCCUUAUGCCCAGCCUAACGCAUCUGGACACUACAGCCAAUCCGGCCCCUACCCACCUGGAGCAAGUGAGCAAGAUCGUGGCCUUAUGGGAGCAUUAGCCGGAGGCGCUGCUGGCGCUUACGGUGGCCACAAAAUGAAUCAUGGCGUUCUUGGAACCAUUGGUGGUGCAGUCGCCGGAUCCAUGCUCGAAGAUGCGUACAAGAAGAAAGGCAAGAAGGACAAGAAGCACAAGGAGCACAAACCACAUCAUUCUCGACGUGGAAGCUCGAGCAGCUCGAGCUCUUCUAGCUCAUCGGACUCCGACUCCAGCAAAGACAGGAAGAAAAAGAAGAAGGGUAUGUCCGCUCCAGCAGGAAACUUCCAUGCCAGCUCUCGGAAUGUGUAUCUCGAGAGUCGGUCAACAUUAGUAGCAGAGUCCGCUGACGUGCGCGGUCAUUUUCAGCGCACCGCCAUUGAUCUCAACGACGUAUUCACCAAUACCAAUGGCAAGAUGCACUGGGCCAGAGGCGGAAACUUUGCGGGCAGUGCUAGGCAUAUACGACUGACCGACAAUGGAAACUGUCUCGAAGCUGAACUGGGCGACGGCCGAGGUGGCUGGAUCUACAACAAAGUUGACCUGAACGAGAGAAUCACGAACGAUAACGGCAGACUACACCUACUGUAAGACAGAAGAAUUGUUUAUGCGAGCACGCAUUUGACAGCAACAAAUGGUUGCCUCUUUCCUUAUUACAAGCAAGCGUCCUGGUGUCCUCCAGGCACUUUUACCUACACACAGCCAUGCACAUGGUUUGUGGAAGAGCCUUGCAUGUACUUCCCGUACCUGUACCGGGGUCGCUGUGAGCUUCGAAGCUCUACCCAGUACGUAAACAGCUCCAGGAUCCAAGACGUGAGGGGUUCCGUU